GAAAUUUCUGACCUUUUCUAGGAGAGAUACUAAAACCCUAAUCCCUCUCCCAUUUUUUUCAAGCUUCAUUUUUUAACAUCAGCCAUGGCUUCCAUCUUCAGGAACUCAAAACUAGCAAUCCCCAAAUCUUUCUUCUCUACUCAUACUGUUAAACAAAACCAACCAUUUCCUUCUUUCAAAGCUGCAAAAUCUGCCAUUAUAUCCGAAAAGAACCCUGAAAAAUUAGCAGAAAUCUUCCAACAAUGUUCCCAUUUGCCGACUUUCCUUCGACACCGCCCCAUCUACCACCUCUCCAUCCGCAAGCUAGCUCGAGCCAACCGCCUCGACCUCGUCGACCGCCUCCUCGAGACCCAAAAGCUCAAUUCGCAGAACACCCCCGCCCUCAAAUCCGAAGGCUUUUGGAUUCGUCUCAUUAUGCUUUACUCAAAUGCAGGGAUGGUCGAACAAGCACUCCAAAUGCUCGACGAAUUGUCUCAGAAAAGGUAUUCCAAUGUAACUGAAAAAUCUCUUUGUGCUAUUCUUACGGUUUAUCUUAACAAUGGGAUGUUUGAGCAAUUACACGAUUGUUUCAACACUCUUCCCGCAAAGAUCGGCGUUAAGCCAACGGUAGUAUCACAUAACUUGGUGCUGAAAGCGUUUGUGAAAGAAAAUAAGAUAGAAUCAGCACGGGAAUGGGUUGAGAAAAUGGGUGUGAGUCCAAAUAUUGAUACUUUUAACAUAUUGCUAGGAGCUUACUUGAAGAAUGGGGAUCAAAAUGGAUUUGAUGGAGUUAUGAAAGAGGUUUUAAAGAAAGGGAUUGAAGGCAAUUUGACUACUUAUAACCAUAGAAUUUCAAGGCUAUGCAAGAGCAAAGAAUGUGCUAGGGCUAAGAAGUUGUUAGAUGAGAUGGUUUCAAAAGAGUUGAAGCCAAAUGCUGCUAGCUAUAAUACUAUCAUUGAUGGGUUUUGUAGGAUAGGAGAUUCGGAAUCGGCUAAGAAGGUUUUGGGUAAGAUGUUGAGUGAUGGGUAUGUUUUGCCUUGUUCGUUUACUUAUUAUAGUUUGAUUCGGAGUAUGGUGAAUGAAGGGGAGCUGGAUUCGGCUUUGGAAAUGAGUAAGGAAAUCAUAAAGAGGAAAUGGGUGCCACCAUUUGAGGCCAUGGAGGGUCUGGUUAAAGGGUUGGUAGAAAGGUCGAGGUCGGAGGAAGCUAAGCAAGUUGUCGAGAAAAUGAAAAAGAAGCUUAAAGGGGAUGCUUUAGAAUCAUGGGGAAAAGUUGAAGCUGCUCUUCCUCUAUAAAACUACUGAAGCUUUGGUGAGGUCUGGUCAAAGCUUUGAAGGGUUGUCGUCCUCCACAGAAGCCAUGCAAGUUGGACUUCAUCCAUUGAGUUAUCACAAGAUAUGGUCAUUUUUAUAUGGUGAAAUGGAUAUUAAGCUUCUGAAUUUAACAAUUUUAUUGCGUCAUAUUAAUCUUGAUUUUUUGCAUUGAA